AUGCUCUCCCGGAAGAAAAGAUCGCAUCCGUCGGCCCUGUUAGCCUCUGCAGCAAUCUUCCUCGUCAGUACAUCCACUGCAAAUCCCACAUCCCUCCGCUCCAACAGCAGACAUACCGAGAGCGCUGAUCUCAUAUCUGCAACCGCUGUCGAUCAUAGCGUUCGGACCAGUAUCCAGACCCACGUCCACGAACGCUCAGAUACGACGACACUCCCGCCACGACCUCUCCCCCAGGAACCGUAUCGUCGGUGGCUGGAACAUCAUCUUCAACGACCGGGAAGCCUUUUCCCCCUCCUCCAGCACCGCCGAGGCCAUCUCGGACAUGUACGCCUCCGUCCACAACACCCUUGGUGCCCUCAUGCGCAACCGGUCCCGAAUAUUACCCCCGCAAAGGUCCUCUCGCUCACCCACGGCGGUCUGCGCCUCGCUUUCCACGCCGCCGAACGAGCCGUACCGUGGGGUGCCGCUGAUUCUUUCCUGCGGGGGAUGGUGGACCUCACCCGCGCGGGGCUCACGGGGCUGGACACUGCGGCUUUCUAUGACCUGCAAGGGUCGAUUUUGUGGUCGAGGGUUGCGAUCGGGUUGAUUUUGCUGCCGUAUGUGAAGGAGGGUGUUGCGCAGAAUAAGAUUGCUUGA